AUGCUGCAGGUGCUGUGGGUGACGAUUGGGGAGCUGUUUGGAGGCGGCAAUCGCAGUGAGGGAGGUGUCAGUGUAGGAGUACUAAGGCGUAGUUGUCACGGGUAUAUACUGUUUGGCUCCCAGAACCCAUAUCUAUUGGGUUACUGUACCUUUUUGGUUGGUGUAGCUCAGGUGGGACCAAGCCGAGCCCUCACAGUAUUAGCGUACUUUGGGUCCCAAAGCUCUGAAAGUCAUCGAUGGGGGACCGAUAGUAGUGCUAAGGCGUACCAUACCCAUGUUUUGGCUGCCAGAGAUGCCGCUGAGGGAGCUGCUGGGUUUAUAGUGACGCCACCCCAUACAAUUGCUCCCCAGCUCCUGCCCCAAUUCCUCUGGCACUGUACUAUGGCUCCUUCACGCCCACAGCGUAAGCGUCACCUCACCGAGCAAGGCUCUCAGUAUGAGCAACUCCGAUUGAGCCAGCGACGUCAUCAGUACCGUGAGGCUCAUUGCGUCAGCUCAUCCACCUCAUCUAUGAGCUCCGCUCACCCGUCUUGCUACUCCAAUGAGACAACGGAGGAUGAAGGAGAGGGUGUAGGUGCUGCUGAUGGGUUGAUUGUACCAGAGACUCCGCAAGAAGCAGAGCCAAAUGACCCCAAUUGGCAGCAGAACCUGCUGGAGCCUGAGCUCAGUAGCAGCGACGGUGAAAGACCUGCCUCAGGCCAGCAAUUGGAGUCGGAGGAUAGUGAUGUUGGUGACGAUUACUCCAUUGGCCGAGCUCCCCGGGUCAAAUUCACGGCUAAGUUCAGGUCUCUCAAUGCCGACAAGCCCAUUGUGGGUAGUUAUACUACCCGAGAGCACACCAAUCGCUCUCUCAGGCUUGACGAUUUGAUUGAUUGGGCUCAGAGGGAGGUGCAGAAGCAGUCUCCGGUGCCAAUGACAUACACAAUUGCUGUGUAUGUGUAUCUCCAAGGUCAACACAAGAACUCUGCGCUCUGUGAGACGAUUGCCAACGAGGACGACGAUGCUGCUUUCCGGCAAUUUCUAGUGUCACUUCAGCGCAAAAAGCUGGAGCGUAGAGCUCUACGAGGCGCGCGGAAGACAAUUGUUGCUGAGUUUGACUUACAUCUGUACCUCCAACAGCCGCCACACAGGCUCAACAGCCAGCUAUUGCAGCAAUCGCAGCAAUCACAGCCAAUUCGAGGUGGGGACUCGCAGCAAUCGCAGCCAACAGUCGCUCGGAGGAGUGCUACUACGCGUCAAUUGGAGGAGCUACCCGCCGAAGUAGAGUCUCUAGACGUUGUCGCUGGUCACGGACUCGCUGCUUUUACUCAAAGUUGGCGCUGUAUGCUCAGCAGUUGCCCUAAUCUUCACCGCACUUGCUGGGUUGACCUGCGCAAUGGCGAGAGCUUACCUGGGAGGAGCUCCCGCCACUACGCUGUACCCAAUGCCGCCAUGACUAUGUGGCUGGCUGACCUCAACGAUCGAAGCUGUACUGUAGCAGAGCCAUCAGAGCGAGUUGUGGCAAAGCUUUGUCAGUGGAGAGAGCGAGAAAUCAACUCUCGUACAGCCCGUUACAUGCAACACCAGCAGCUGUUAGAGUUGCAGUCGCAGCAGCAAGACCAGUUGAGUCGAUUGGCAUUGACGAUCGAGAGCCUCACCGAGCUCUACACAGCCAAGUCGGUGUCAGAAAUGGCACAUGACGAGUUGAGAAAGUCUCCAAUCAACUGCAAUUACGAGGAGUGGGAGAUCACACACGCCUUCUUUGAGUACUGGUACCAGCACGAUGGUGACAAAGAGCCGUACAGCUUGUACGUUGUCGCUAUUGCGCGCACAAUGACUGGACAGCACUUCAGUCUGCAACAAUUAAGGUCUCCGCAUGAGCUUUCUACUCGAUCUUGGACCCAAGAUUACUGCUGGCUGCUCACUGUUCUUGACAGGAUGAGGCGGAAGAUCAAUGAGUACAUUGAGUCUCCGACCUGGGAGACUUGGAUAGGUGCUGAGUAUGAGUGGACAAGCGAAGCCACCCACAGAGAGCGUACGGAGACUGCAGCACGCGAGAGUCUGGCUGCAAUGGGGGUGUUUGAUGGUGUUGAGUGA